AAGCACUUACUUCAGAGCGAAAGAGAGAGACAGCGUUCGGCAGAGAAAACGCGAUGCUUGUCGCGCCACCAUGCGGCCAACUUGUAGUCAUCACAUGUUGACGGUCGGGGUCGCAAUUUAACUUAAUUGCGUGCAGAUUGAAGUUGCGACAGUAAUUUUCACGACCCGUGCGCGCUGUGAUUUGGGAUUUCAAAGAGCACGGAGACCAGCGGCGCGGGAUGCAGAGAACCUACUGCUUUCAGAUUGAUGGCACUCACGUUGGUUAACCUCGCAGCAUUGAUUUUUUUAAAUGCCAAUUUAAGGCGAUAAUUCGAUCGUUUAUGACACCCUCUUCGUCAAGAUCCUAUUAUUUUAAAGGUUUGUUUUUGUCGAUUUACUCAAAAAUACUUCGGGUUCAUAUGAGAUCUUAGAUGGAAGAGGUUCACUCGAGAAAAAGCGACAGUGAACGAAGCUCAGGAAGCUAGCGGUAUGCUGACUGCUUGGUGACAUUUUUUCAACAUCAAAAAGAAACCGCCGAGCUGCCUUCAAACUGUUACCAACGAGUUCAUUCUGUCUGAAUUUGGAGUGUUGAGAGAAGCAGCAGUGUUCAAAGAAUAAGCCUAUUAUAUUUGAAGUCUUCACGGAGCUAACAACCAUCUGCUUAAAAAGAUGGCAGUACCAACAGCUGCCAUUGCCAUCGGUUCCGUGAGCGGGGCACUCGUUGGCGUCGGAUUGUUCAUCAUGCUGUGCAAGAUUUGCCGCUACUUUUUGUGUCGGCAGGAGUCCCAAGACAGCCCUUAUGCGAGACUGGUGAGCGAGAAAAAGGAAGCAGAUAAUCUGCCUCAGAUCAUCGUCGAUAACGGAGCUGCUUUUACCAAGCCCAAAACAAGCCUGAAACCCAUCCCCUUCACAGUGCCUCCGUCGACGCCGCCGAUCCCGAGAAGGGGAGGGGAGGCGUACGCUCCCCAGGCGAGAGAUGAGUACAGCCCAAGCAGCUCGGAGCAAAGCUCUCCCAUGUCUAUCAAGAAAGCGUCGGUUGAAAUCCCAGGUUCCAGGACCGACAAAGCUUUUCACUCGCACGUGUCCAAAGAUGCCUUCAUAUAUAGAGGCGCCUACGCCCUGGGGAGCAUAGACCCGAGCCUCUACAAAGCCAUCGACGAAGAGGACAACACUCUUUACCCUGAAGAUCACAGGGGUCGUAUAUGGUUUGCUGUGGAAUAUGAGAGGGAAUCAGAGAAACUUCGCGUUACCCUCAUGAAGGCAAGGAACCUGCCCAGCAGAGUGUCCGGAAACAACAAUGGCUGUGACCCGUUUGUAAGAAUAUACCUUAUGCCAGACGAGCGCCGAUAUAUGCAAUCAAAAUCAAAAAGGAAGACAUGCAACCCAAACUUUGAAGAAAGUUACGUGUUUCAGGUUUCGUAUAAAACGAUCCAAGAUCGCACUCUCAAGCUAACAGUGUUUGAUGUCGAUCGCAGCAAGCGACACAGGUCCGUCGGGCACGCCCUCUAUCCUCUCAAAGAGCACGACUGCGAGAGUAACGAACAAGUCGUAAUUUGGCGAGAUUUGGAGCGGGAGGUCACAGGCUCUGCAACGAAUCAGGGGGAGCUCCAUAUAGCGUUAACGUAUAACGACAAUCUGGAAAGACUAACUGUUGGAAUAUUUGAAGGGAAGAAUUUACGACUCCUUGACGGCUGUUCUUCAGUAGAUUGCUACGUCAAGGUCAGUUUGCUGCUACAGAAUAAGAUGGUGAAGACGAAGAAAACGGAGGUAUUGAAGAGGACGGACUGCCCGGCGUUCAACGAAUCUUUUUCAUUCAAAGUUUCCCCGUCUCAGGAGGACACUACAAGUUUCAGCAUUCACGCUAUGCAACAUGUCCUAGGACAUAAAGAUAAAGUGAUAGGCCGGGUUGUCCUCGGACCGUACAUGUUUGCGAGGGGCAAAGAGCUCGAGCACUGGAACACCAUGAUUGCCAACAAACGCGAACAGAUCAGCAUGUGGCAUGUAUUAACUUGACCACUGGUCAGCGGUGACUGGAGACGCUAUAUGUAAAUACAGGACACUAGCCAUGCACAGUUGGCGACUUUUUCACCUGGAACAUUUAAAGGGACCGCGGCGUUCGUGCUAAACGCGUGGGUGUUGAUAAAAGAUCUCACUUUGUAGCCGGUGUAUGUUUGUCAUCUUGAUAUCUCUAAUCCCGCAGUGUUGUUUUAGGACCUGUAAACCUGGUCCUGGCAUAAGUCAAGGGCACAGUGGACAUCGACGACCAGUGGUCAGUUUCACGAGAUCCAGAUUCAAAAGGAAGUUCACCGACAUUCGGGCAAGGAAAUUCCGGUGAGAAAAUGUGUGUCAUAGGAAGAUGCUAAGUCCGGUGAAAUGUUUUCGCGCCUUUUAGAUAAAAUUACAUUUUGAGGUUUUGAAAACAAUUCAAACAAACAGCAUCAUUUUAGUCAAUUUUUUUCAGUUUGUUAUUACAUGACAAUCCGGAUUUGAGGAUAAUAUAGUAACAGAACAAUAUACUUAUUAUGAACAUUUGUGUAUUUUAAUGCAAAAUAUCCGUAUAAGGACUGUUUUUAAGAAGUAUGCGUACAAUGUUGCAGAUUUAUAUUCUAUAUACGUAUAUUAAAAUGUGUACAGCGUGACUUGCGUGCAUAAUACUCUCAGUUUACGGUGACCAUUAUAUAUAUAAUCUUCUAGUCAGAUAUUCAGGCAUAUUAAAUGGCCUGUACUUAAACGCCGGCCUGUUACUGUAACGAAAAAGAGGAACGUAAUGAUUAUAAUGCUCAUAUUGAGGUUCAAUAGCGUUUGUCACAGUUGGAGUGAUCUCCAUGGGCGCCAUUUUAUACGACAUAGAACACUACCAGUGCAUUUGAGAUUUUAUUAUCUGCGGUUGGUUUUAAAGCAUAUCAUCAGAUCGAAAGUUUGUCCAAACUUAAUGACAACUUUUGACCAUUUUAAUAUACCACAAAUCACUUCAAUAAAGUAACAAG